CCCAAAUCAAAAAACAAUUCAUUAAAAUAAAUUAAUAAUCCCCAAAAGUUUAAAUUUUUAUAAAAUUGAAUUUCAUCAUUAAUAUAAAUUUCGCAGCUUUCAGUUUGUCACUCUCAGUAAAACAAAAGAAAAUCGUAAAUGAGGUGGGAAAGGUUAGAGCAAGAAGCGAGUAGCAGGAGUAGUAAUGGGCCAGGGAAGAGGUGGGGACAUACAUGUAAUUCUGUAAAAGGUGGGAGAUUUCUUUAUGUUUUUGGUGGCUAUGGCAAAGAUAACUGUCAAACUAACCAUGUUCAUGUCUUUGACACUGCCACUCAGAUUUGGAGCCAGCCAGUGAUAAGAGGUACACCACCCACUCCCAGGGACAGCCAUAGUUGCACAACCAUCGGUGACGGUUUGUAUGUUUUUGGAGGCACCGAUGGCAUGCGCCCUCUCAAGGAUCUGCAUAUUUUAGAUACCGUAUCACAUACAUGGAUAUCACCUGCUGUGAGAGGGGAUGGACCAGAGCCACGGGAAGGUCACAGUGCAGCUCUUGUUGGCAAACGCCUCUUCGUAUUUGGUGGCUGUGGAAAAUCCUCAAAUAAUAGUGAUGAAGUUUAUUACAACGAUCUUUACAUAUUAAAUACAGAGACAUUUGUGUGGAAGCAAGCAACAACUUCUGGUAUUCCACCUUCUGUACGUGAUAGCCAUACUUGCUCAUCUUGGAAGAACAAAAUCAUUGUGAUUGGUGGCGAAGAUGGACAUGAUUAUUAUUUGUCUGAUGUGCACAUCCUAGAUGCAGAAACUCUCGUAUGGAAAGAGCUCGACACCACAGGCACGAAGUUGUCACCUCGAGCUGGUCAUUCAACUGUUGCUUUUGGCAAGAAUUUAUUCGUCUUUGGGGGAUUUACGGAUGCACAAAAUCUGUAUGACGACAUUUAUAUACUUGAUGUUGAUACUGGUGUAUGGACAAAGAUAAUGACUACUGGAAUUGGGCCUUCUGCAAGAUUUUCUGCAGCUGGGGAUUGUUUGGAUCCGCAUGUAGGUGGCGUACUUGUCUUUAUAGGUGGGUGCAAUAAUAGUCUUGAGGCGCUUGAUGAUAUGUAUUACCUGUACACAGGACUUGCAAGCAUACGCAAUGAACAACGGCUGGAAAAAUUAUCCUUAAGGAAACAAUUAAAGCUUAAGUGCCAAGAACAAAAUCUUAAUUCUCCUUUACAUGAUAAAGGUCUGGUUGGAAUUGACACUACUGCCAGCUUUCACCAGACUGUGCCAACUUAUGCUGAACCGAGCAGAGAGAAUUUGCAGUUAAAUCAAGUGCAGCUUCAUCAAGGGAAGAAAACCUUUCAAGCCAAAGUUACUGAAAGCUUUCCACAUGGAUACACCAUUGAUACUAUUAUAGAUGGAAAGCCUCUGCGUGGGAUAUUGUUUGCCAGUAAACCAAUAUCCUCCCAGAUAGAGCAUCAAAGUAAUGCCAGGAAAAGGGUUGGCGGGGAAUCUAAUGUUUUGUUGAAUGGUGACCAUAACAAGUUAAAAGUGUAUCGAAACUUCAAGCAGGAUGGAGUAGAUCACAUGCAGUUAGACAAUGUUACUGGGAAGGAAACCGCAUCACAUGAAUCCAAGCCAGAAGCUGACGCUGCUCAUCCGUCAAAGAAUCUAACUUCUGAUGUUACUCAAUUAAAUGAGGUUCCUUCAAACCGAGAACCAUCUGCAGCUCCUCUGAAUUUGAAUGAUAUGAUAACUGAUGCACCAAACUCUAAUCCUAUAUUUCCUAACGAGUUUCAUACGCUAGCCAAGGAAUCCAUUAAUGUAUCUCUAAAGCAAGAUGACAGGACACCAUCGGCAGGAGUAGGCAAUUGUCCGGGGAGAUCGAUUUGAUUGGAGAAAAGUUAACCAUUUUUUUUGGAAUAGCUCAAUGCAAAUUGCAAACCACCUGUUUCUGUAUCAUAAUGACUUGGAAGGUGGUCAUAGAUGAAUUCGACUGGCUAUUCUCUAACAGGCGUGAUCUGCCACCGACUAGUUCUUUCGCGUUUUGCUUCCAACUAAUAGUCUCUUAAUUUUAUUUAAAAUUUAGAUGUUAGUUGUCAUUACAGCCUGAUUAACUACAGUUCUUUAUUCAUGCAUUAUCUGGAUAAGUUACCUCUUUGAAUCUGACUACUUAACGGUGAUGAUGAGGAAAGAGGUUGGUUGUCGGAAAAUGGAGAUUCGGAAGGGGUAUCUAUUUUGACGGAAUUUUGUUCUCGGAGUAGCUCAAGUAAACAUUUAGCUUCAGAAGAAUUUAUCAUGUUCUUAGGUUAUAGCUCUACAGACAGCGGCACCAUACUGACUUUUUAUCUUUGUAUUUAUUUCUCUGGAAGAAAGUAAACUGUGGGGAUACUCUAUUUUUUCAACAGUGCCAAUGUUUGUGUUUUUCAAA